AUGGCAAGCUUGGCCAUUGUCCUAUCCAUCAUGCUGCAGUUCGAGAUCAACAGAUACACGAUCCGUCAAGCAACUGCAGCCCCCCACCAGACCCACCAGACCACCGACACCGAUCAAGACAGUCUCAGCGCCCACACGGGAAAUGGGGCCGUUUUUUCCCGCACAUUGCUUGCAAUGCUUUUGGGUCUUGGGUUCCCUGCUUUGGCUGCAUUGGUAUUCUACGCAAUGAUGCCGUACGGAUUGGGGCUAGAAUAUCAAACGUUGAGCAUCAACCUGGCACGCUUACUUGGCAGCAUGUGGGUGCUGCACACCAACACGUAUGCUCUCGCGGCCACCAUCUUUCUCACCACAAGUCUACGACGUCUGGCGUGGUUCUUGGAUUUGUACUUUUUUAAAUGUUCCUCGACAAAGAUCCACCCCAAGGAAUGGUUGGCUCGGAUGUAG